UCAAAAGUGGGCCACCUUCCUCUCUAUUGCCUCCACCAACAAUAGAGAGCCAACCAUUCCCAUUUUUACAGAUUAGAUAAGCCAACCAUCCAAUUAAUUUCCUUGAAAAAUCCAUAUCAAUUAAGACGUGUCACUCCAAUCUUCUUCCUUUAAUUUCUCUGCUGCUUAAAUUUUCCCUCUUUUGCCCAAACUAGUAAGCAGAAGUAGAAGAAGAAAUAACCCUCGUUUUUUGCAGAUUGAAGAGAGUUUAAAGUGCAAAAAUGAGUGCAGCUUCUUUGUGCCAAUCAACUCUUCAGUCUCAGAUUAAUGGGUUUUCUGGGGGUCUUGAUUUCCGCAAACUUCAACCAUCUACUUCUAAUCCCAAUUCUGUUACCUUCAUAAGGAGAAGAGUUCAAACAGUGAAGGCAAUGUCUCGAGUUGACAAGUUCUCUAAAUCCGACAUCAUAGUUUCUCCAUCUAUACUCUCUGCUAACUUUGCAAAAUUGGGUGAGCAGGUAAAAGCUGUUGAAUUGGCUGGUUGUGAUUGGAUCCAUGUUGAUGUAAUGGAUGGCCGUUUUGUUCCAAAUAUUACUAUUGGACCUCUGGUGGUUGAUGCCUUGCGGCCCGUGACAGAUCUCCCACUAGAUGUGCAUCUGAUGAUUGUGGAACCAGAUCAGCGAGUUCCAGACUUCAUUAAAGCUGGUGCUGAUAUAGUGAGUGUUCACUGUGAGCAAUCAUCUACCAUUCACUUGCAUCGGACCGUAAACCAAAUCAAGAGUUUGGGCGCAAAGGCUGGUGUUGUCUUAAACCCUGGAACCCCGCUAAGUGCAAUUGAGUACGUGCUUGAUGUGGUUGAUUUGGUCUUAAUAAUGUCCGUCAACCCCGGAUUUGGUGGACAAAGCUUCAUUGAGAGCCAAGUCAAGAAGAUCUCAGAUUUGAGAAGGAUGUGUGUGGAGAAGGGGGUGAACCCAUGGAUUGAGGUAGAUGGUGGAGUUGGUCCAGCAAAUGCAUACAAGGUCAUCGAGGCUGGAGCUAAUGCUUUAGUUGCUGGUUCUGCAGUCUUUGGAGCUAAAGAUUAUGCUGAAGCUAUAAGAGGGAUCAAGACCAGCAAAAGGCCAGAACCUGUUGCAGUCUGAGAUUUCAACUGUAAAAUUUUGUCAAGAUCCUGAAAUUUCUUAUACUUCUUCACCUGCCUCUGGCAGAUAUAUACAGCAGUUGUUUGGAAUCAUUGUAUUAAUGCUUGAAGACGACGUCCAGCAAGAGUGCUUGUAGGAAUAGAACUCUGUAACAUAGUAUUGUUUUACACAAGCUCAUUUUGUGCUAAGUUUCUUAGUACAUUAUUCUGUCAUGAACAUAUGUACAAAUGUUUGGAUUGUGUACCGAUAAGAACUUUCACUCGUGAGAGUUGGUUUGACCAAAAUAUUAAUACAAUCCCAUCACUCGUUAACUA